AUGAACGUGCUGACUGACGUGCAUCAGAUGUACCUUUCAGAUCCAACUGCUGCUGCACUGAAAGGAGCCAUCCAGCAGGGCAUUCGGUAUGCUGUGGGGAACCUGAAAUCCAAGCCUGACAGAGAUGUGCUCAUGCAGGAUUUCUACAUGGUGGAGAGUGUCUUUCUACCCAGUGAGAGGAGCAACAUGACCCCAGCGCACCACUUCCCAGACUUCCGCCUCAAAACCUACGCCCCUCUCGCCUUCCGCUACUUUAGGGAGCUCUUUGGCAUCAAAGCAGAUGACUACCUGUACUCCAUCUGUAAUGAGCCUCUGAUCGAGCUGUCCAACCCCGGGGCCAGCAGUUCCUGGUUCUACUUGACCAGCGACGAUGAGUUCAUCAUUAAGACAGUGCAGCAUAAAGAGGCUGAGUUCCUGCAGAAACUCCUUCCUGGUUACUACAUGAAUCUGAAUCAGAACCCGAGGACACUGCUACCUAAGUUCUACGGCCUGUACUGCAUCCAGAGUGCCGGGGUCAACAUCCGCCUGGUGGUGAUGAACAACGUGUUGCCCAGGGCCCUCCAGAUGCACUACAAAUACGACCUGAAGGGCUCCACCUACAAACGCCACGCCUCGUGCAGGGAACGCGCCUUCAAAGACCUGGACUUCCAGGAGAUGCUUGAGGGCCUGCACUUUGAUGGCGACACGUACAGUGCCUUAAUGAAGACACUGCAGAGGGACUGCAGGGUCCUGGAGAGCUUUAAGAUCAUGGACUACAGUCUCCUGCUGGGGGUGCAUGUGCAGGACAAGAAGUGUCUGGACAGGGGGGCCAGGGUGGACAGUAAGCGCCUCAACGGCCAGAGGGUCCUCUACUCCACCGCCCUGGAGUCCAUCGAAGGGGACGGCAAGGUUGCAGAGUUAGUGGCCGACGAUGACACAAUGGGUGGAAUUCCAGCUAAACACAAAGAUGAGACGCUGCUGAUCUUCUUAGGGAUCAUUGACAUCCUCCAGUCCUACCGGUUCAUCAAGAAGGUGGAGCACUCCUGGAAAGCCCUCGUACACGAUGGGGAUAUAGUGUCAGUUCACAGGCCCGGUUUCUAUGCAGACAGAUUUUUGAAGUUCAUGGGCGGCACUGUAUUCAAAAAGAUCCAUUCUCUAAGAGGAGCAUCCUCCAAGAGGAAGAGGAGCGCCAUCCAUGCGAUGAGGUCAGCCUCCCAGGAGGUACUGUCCCAACAAAAGGAGGAGAAGAAGGACGAGAGAAAGGCCCAAAGCAUGGAGAGCCUGGGCUGACAAUGUAGUCACCCUUUAUUAAAAAAAGCGACACAACCCACAAUCUAUUGGGCCUGUACACACGCCAUGCACUCUCUGCUUUAUCCUUUGACGUUUUUUUGUAUUUCUCUGUUUUGCUCAACAGUAAUGAGUUCCUCCAAGCACCCUGACCUAGUCCUACUUCCGAAAUGUUUAAAUCAGGCUGUUUCCUCAUCCUCCUCCACUCUUGAUAAGAUCAAGAAAGACCUUGAGGAGCACCUGGAGAAUAUGUAGUGUUGACUGCACAUUAAAUCUUUACACCUUCACCACUGAGCACAAACUGGUUGAGUCAACAUUGUUUCAACGUCUUUUGUCAAUUUAUUGUGACAUGGAAUCUACAUGGAAAAUACAUUGGAUUUGAAAAAAAGUCAACUGUUGUUUUGAGGGUGAAAUUUCAACCACCAGAUUACGUAUGUCAUAUUUGUAACCAAUUUUCAACAUAGACAAACUGUGUAUAAAAUAUGUUGUAUUUGUACAUUUGAAACAACGUCAGAUCUUCAAUGUAAUAUCCACUGUCAGAAAAAUUUAAAAAAUAGGCUGGGCAGCACUUCCUACUGGAGAAUUGAUCUACAACUAUUGAUUUGGUCUCUAAUCCAGGGUUUUAACCAAGCCCAGCCUAGCUUUGAUAUUUGUCACUGACUACUACCAAUGUGUUAUCGUGAGAACAAUUAUUGAGAGAUCUCUUCUCUAUAUUCACUGUUUCUAUCGAAGUCAUUCCAAAGCGUAGGUUUAACAGAGCAAAUCAAAUGUAACUAUACUAUACGGUGCCUUCAGAAAAUAUUCAUACCCCUUGACUUAUUCCACAUUUUGUUACAACCUGAAUUCAUAAUGGAUUAAAUAGAUUUGU